CUUAAAACCUAAGCAGCAAAACUAUCUAUUCUGUGAAGGAAAAAAAGUGUAGAUCAUCAAAUGUGAUUCAUAGCAUCGUGUAUGAUAGUUGCAAGGAAGUAAUGUUUGAUCCAACAGAGUCCAGUAGAAACUUGUAUAAGAUCAGGCAAGACCUUCAGCAGGACGUGAACCCAGAAUUGGCAUUAUUUCUGUUCUGUUGAUUGCAGGUAUUUUGUUUAUCUUCAUCAUCAUGUCAGACAUGUAUGGAUUUCACAUCAGCUCUCCUCUCAUUGAGAGCAUCAGCAUGUCCAAGAGACUCGGCUCAGACGUUUAUUUGAAGAUGGAAAACACCCAACCCUCCGGCUCAUUUAAAAUCAGAGGGAUCGGACACCUGGUUCAGCAGCUUGCAGGUUCAAAAUCCAAUGGUGUAGUAUGUUCUUCAGGUGGAAACGCAGGCCUGGCCACAGCGUAUGCAGCACGCAAGCUUGGCAUCCCGGCCACCAUCAUCGUGCCUUCAUCCUCUCCCAGGCUGGUGCUGGACAAGCUGCAGGAUCACGGUGCCAGCGUGCGAGUUGUCGGUAAGGUUUGGGAUGAAGCAAAUGCUGAAGCUGUUCGCCUGGCUGAAAGCGAAAAGCUCACGCUUGUGCCUCCGUUUGACCAUCCUCUGAUCUGGGAAGGUCAUUCCAGUCUGGUCCACGAGCUGAAGGCGGUUCUGCCGCAUGAGCCGGGGGCCGUGGUUCUGUCCGUCGGAGGUGGAGGACUUUUCUGUGGAGUUGUCCAGGGCAUGGAUGACGUCGGCUGGGGUCACGUUCCGAUCCUGUGUAUGGAGACGGUGGGGGCGGAUUGUCUCAAUGCAGCCGUCAAAGCCGGGCGUUUAGUGACUUUACCAGACAUUACGAGUGAGGCCAAAUGUUUAGGAGCAAAGACAGCGUGCAGUCAGGCGUUCGAAUACAGCAAAAGACCAAACAUCAUCUCUGAGCUUGUGACCGACCGACAGGCUCUACAGGCAACGGAGCUCUUUCUUGAUGAAGAGCGUGUGCUAGUGGAGUUAGCAUGUGCAGCGUCGCUAGCCGCAGUGUACAGCGGGGUGAUACAGCGUUUGCAGGACAGAGGUCGUCUGCCCAAACCGCUCGGCCCGCUGGUCGUCAUCGUGUGCGGAGGCAGCGGCAUUAACUCCGCUCAGCUGCAGCAUCUGCACACCGUCUGCAAAUGAUCAUGUGACCGCAUCAUGCAUCGUGCUACCACUUUCACACAUACUGCAGGACUACACUUCCCAUGAUGCUUAGUGCUCCAAAGUUUCAGAUAUGAAAUAUUCAUUAGAAAACUAUAAGAAAUUUUACAAGCUUUUCAGCAAAAUCCUAAAGGUUUGUAUAAAUGAAGCAGGACUUCAAAAAAGCAAUAUCGCUCAAACCUGGUAAACUCAUGGACACACCAUGCUUGGAUUCUGAGCUAAACUCCCCUAUCAAGAAUAUCCCCAAUAACCUCUGUGGUAAUGAAAAAAAAGCGUAAUAUGACUAAAAGACACGCUUUAAUCAAACUCAGCACUGAUCAAUAACUCAGCUACCAGGGGUUCUGCUAUACAGCUAUUUACAGCUAUUGAAAUGCUUUAGAAAAGGCACAGUGUUGAAGGAACCUGUACACAACUAUCAAAAAUAUUGACCUCUACCUUAAUUGUUCGUUAAUUAUCAAAAAAAAAAAAAUUCUCCAUUCAAGUCUAAUCAUUUUUUUUCUUUAAUUUCUCCAAUUCCUCAAAACGGCCAGCAGAUGGCGCUGCUACAAAACUCAUAGUAAUACUCACUUCUGAUUUACAUCAUCUAAUCAGCCAAUCAUCUAAUCAUCUAAUCCAACAGCAUAAACUACAGUGACAUAUAUGAUCAUAUGUGUAUUUUUCUGUUUUUUUUGGGUGCUGUUUUUAUUUAUUUUAACUUUGAACACAAUUCAUCUGAUUACUUUUGAACAAGGACACUAUUAAUUGGUAUAUAAAAAAUAAAUAUCAACAAUCGUUAA